AUGUUUGACGCUUGCCUACCUCACCCGAAUACUUUAUGCAACUGGUACAGAAGUAUAAAUGCAGAGCCUGGUUUUACGGGAGAAGCAUUUGACAGACUGAAAGAAAAAACAGCUAAAGCCAAAAAGGAAGUCAUAGGUGCUAUAAUUGCUGACGAAAUGUCAAUACGACAACAGAAAAUAUGGACUGGUAAACGUUAUGAGGGUUUAAUUGACAUGGGACUUGGCAACACUGACGCCACCAAUGAUAUUGCCAGUCAAGUAUAUGUCAUUAUGUUAGUAGGUGUAAACGAAUCAUUUAAAAUACCUAUAGCUUAUUUUUUCAUUUCAAGUCUGACAGCUGAAGUAAAGGCCAAUUUACUUAAAAUUGCUUUAGAAAAAUGCCAUUCAGUUGGCAUAAGAGUGAUAUCGUUGACUUUUGAUGGUUAA